AUGAGCAUCUCAAACGACACGAUCGAUCUCACACGAAAGAAAAGCCCUAUGCGUGCGCGAAAUGUGACAGCGCAUUUACAAGACAGUAUUCGGCCCGGUGUCUUGUGGUCUGUAACAUUGGCACAUGCUCCACCCGUGACAGAUCAGCAGGAGUCGCAGCAAGCGCCUCAUGCCACCGCUGCUGCUCCAGCCAGGCCAAACACGCCCGGAGGUAGAGAGCAACUACCUUUGACUGCACAACUCCCAUACAAUGCCGCUGUCGCUCCACCCACAGGAGACCGGCCUUUGUGUGCACCACCAUUCCACAGCGUUGACUCUGCAAUGGCUUCAAAUGGUGACCUGCUUGACUUUGAGGUCUUCGACAUUGCCACGAAGGAUUCGACGGCAGUCCCAGACCUUGACCUGUCCGCCCAGCUAGGCGACCCUGAAGCCACGAACCAGAUCUUCUCCCAAGAUUUCGACCAGAUCAUGAGCAUGCCUUACGAUUUCAUCUAUCCGCUACCGCAGAUAGACCUAGGCAUGCCCGACGCGAGGAAAUCUAAUAUCCAGCCGGGGCGUCAACUUGAUGUCGGAUCAGGACUUUCGAGGUUUGGAUCUCGAUUGCCUUCCCUCGAACCGAUCAGUGGCAGGACGUCAUCGGACUCGCAUAUUCAGCAUAAUCAGACAGAGCAGCCCAUGUCGGGUACCGCGGAUGACAUGCCAUCCCCGGACCUCAAAUUGACCUUUGCGGCGCACCCGAAACUACAAGUUACAAACAAAUGUCGGGAACGAAUAUUGUCAGAGAUGGUGGCAUUCGCAGCCGUGCUUCCUCCACAACUGGUUCUGCCCACAAAACACGCGCUUGGUCGAUUUAUGGCAGCAUAUACCAUGGGCUAUUACGACCACAACCCAGUCAUCCACCUUCCAACACUCGAUCUUGAGCAAGUUGCACUGGAGCUUUUUCUCGCAUUAGCAUCUAUCGGAGCGCGCUAUUGCCGCGAAGAACGUAAAAGCGACGAGCUCUUCCAGGCAGCAAAGGUAGUAAUAUUCGAGCGCCUGAAGUCCAACGACAGCAGCUACACCGAAACGCACGACGGAGGUCAUCUGAGUCUUCCAACGGAGAGUCAUGUCACCGUUGGUGACAGACGGCUUACGGAUCAGGCUCGAAUUCAAGUAACACAAGCUCUCAUAACCCUUGUGGGAGCUUCAACGUGGUUCAGCACAAAGAUUUCUGCUCGUGCUAGAGACACUGCCACCCUUCGAACUUUGCUGGGUGUGGUAAUCAGCGAAUUCAGCACUAAGCCGCUUGUUGGGCAACCUGGAACUGAAUGGGAACAUUGGAUCAAGCAGGAAACGCUGAAACGGAUACAAUUACACUCCUUUUGCCUGUCGAAUAUUCAAACCAUUGCCUACAAUACCACUCCAACCCUGAUCUGGUCGUCCGUCGACCUCCCACUUCCUUGCUCCGAGCGCCGAUGGCGAGCGAGGGAUGAGGCCGGCUGGAAACAGGCUGGAGAUCACGGGGAUGGUGUCGAACCUACUUUGAAGGAAAUGCUUCAUCGUUUGUUUCAAGACGGAGAGGACACCUCGUUCUGUUUCACGUCACUUGGCGGAUACGUCCUCAUUCAUGCAAUCCUUCAACACAUCUGGCUUCUGUAUCAGUCUGCUCGAAUACGCCCAGGACCUCCCAUACUGCAACCUUCGGACUGUAAAAUGAUCGGGGAAGCCCUUCGUCGAUGGUGUAUCGGGUGGGAACAAGAUAAAGAGUCAUCCAUGGACCCUAUUAGUCCAAAUGGGCCACUGGCAUUCACAUCUACGGCUCUGCUACGGUUGGCCUACAUUCAAAUCAGUGUCAGCGCCAAGCUAACACCUGUGCUGAGUGUGUGGAACUCCACAGAGAUCGCGCGACUCCUUAGUUACGCUCCACCUCUACAGCGGAAUGAUAGUGUUACCAGGGCUGUCCUUCACUGUGCACAUGCGCUCAGCAUACCCGCCAAGCUCGGCAUUGAAUUUGUUGCUCAUAACAUGUCCUUUUUCUGGUCAAACCAGCAUGCGCUUUGUGCUUUGGAAUCUGCUAUGCUGUUAUCGAGAUGGCUGGAAGCUGUGACAGUCAUGAACCCACAACCACCACUGACAAAUGGCGAGGUUCAACUCCUCCAGUUUGUGAAGGAGGUUGUUGCCGAGACUGAACAUGGUUGCGCCGUUGACAGUGUCAGUGGGACCAACGUGCGGCUCAAUUCGGUUGUGGUGCGAGUGUGGUCAAAAAUCUUUCGUGCCGGUAGCGUGUGGGAAUUUGUGGAUCUGGUAGGAGACUCUUUAGAAGAAUACGCUGACCUGCUUGAGGGUCAGUAG